AUCGAUUUGUCGAUUUGCAGAAGAGAGUUGAAAAUAGCAUACAGAGACCAGGUUCUGGCUUAUGCACACUGUCCAGUCCAGUCCGCGAGCGCCGCCAGUCGCCAAGACGUCGCGAGCUGCCUUUUUAGUCACUGAUCUCAAGGCUGUGGCGGUUCCACCUCUCUCUCUUGUCCUGUAUAUCGUCUUUCUCAACAGGUCCAACCCAUUCACACCACCAAAGACCUGGACAUAUCAUAAAUCGAAAUCAUGGAGGGUUGGAACAAAAUUUCUGCAAGUUUGGCCAACAUCAACCUAGGUUCAGCUGGUACCAAGAUCAGCAAGGGCUUCACCUCCAGCGUUCAAGCGACGCGUGAAAAGCUGGGCCAAAUCGCUCCUGACGAAAUCACUGAACUCCCCCAAGAAUACAAGGACUUGGAAGCCCGUGUCGACGCUCUCCGUGCUGCUCACAUUGCCUUACUCAAGGUCACCAAGGUCUAUGAUUCCGAGUCGUAUGACUAUCCCGUGCAGAUCCAGGAAUCUCUGUCUGAGAUCUCCAGCUCCGUCGCCUACAACCUAACCAACUUCGCUGCAACCAACCUCAAGGGCACAAAUCUCCCCGUCCCUACCUCUCCAUCUGCUCCUCCCGUUCAUCACCACAAGACCCUCCCCCAUGCACUCAGCCGCGCAGCAACUGCUGCUGCCGGCGCCAUCGUUAGCCCGGCCCACGGUGCUGCGAUUGGCGAGAAUGGCGAUAAGCUCGGCAAGGCUUUGGCCUUGUACGCUAGCAGCUGGGAUCGCAUCGCUGGUGCCCGCGUUGAGCAGGACCAUGCUAUCAAGACUAACUUUUUGGCACCUUGGCAACAAACCCUCAACACCGCCAUUACAUUGGCCAUGGGGGCGCGGCAAGCUGUCCGUACUAGCCGUCUGGAAUUGGACGCUGCCAAACAGACACUCAAAUCAGCCAGUCCUGCCAAGCAAGAGCAAGCUCGCCUUGAGGUCGAGAAUGCCGAAGAUGACCUCGUUCAGAAGACUGAGGUUGCGAUCACCCUCAUGAAGACCGUCCUCGAGAAUCCCGAGCCGAUCAAGAACCUCAAUGAGCUUGUCAAGGCCCAACUACUCUUUUUCUCAACGGCCGCGGAAGCGCUUUCUACCGUCCAGGGCGAUCUCGAGGAACUGAGCGUUGCUGCUGAGGGUGAAUACAGGAAAACCCGAGACCACUAAUUCUGUGUAGCCACAGCUUGAAACCACGAGUAUCAUUCGUUUUCGUUUGUGACCUGAACCGCAUUCCGACGGACAGUGACGCCCGAGUAACAGCCUGUACCAACCUUGUAACUGUAAUCUUACCCCGUUUU